AUGGCUUGCAACUAUCCCGCUGUUAAUGGACCUCAAGGGACCGAGCUCUCCUCUCCAAGCUCACAGGAACGUCUAUCAACGGAGCCGCUAGGGGUCGCCCUUGACCAGCGGGAACACGUCGAUUUCGUGAAUAGCGACUGGCGACAGAACAUUGACAAUACCAGCACGAUAGAGGUACAGCAGAGUACUGGUCAAGCUGAUACUCGUUUCAACGACAAUGCGACCACCGUCCUCACCAAUGAUCCCAUACCAUCUUAUGACACAGCAGAAGGUAUUUCUAUGUACCCUUCAUCGUCUGACAUAACCAUGGCAAUCGAUGGAAUUUAUCAUGGUCCCAUAUCUUUCGCAAAUGAGGGCCAUAAUCUUGGUGAAGAUGUCACGGCUGGCACCUCCCAAUUUUCGUUCAGCCCCAUGCCAUUUGGAGGCUCGACCCAAGAUUGGCUCGAUCUUGAUCCUUUUGGGAUCAUGGAUGACUUCCAUACGGAUCUGCCAUCGAAUACUACGAAUAACAUUACCUUCCCACAUCAUGCUACCUGGUCAAUACCAGCUUCAAAUCAAUUUCUACCUUUGAUCUCUAGGGAUCAACAGCCCAACCCGAUGACUUCAAGUGCUACAAUCCCUAUAGCAAUACCCACGAGACCAGCUUCACCAAAUGUGCAAUCCCGGGCCCAGCCAUGGCCAUUUGAGCAAGCACAUGAUACCAUGCAAUCAACACUACGGCUGCCACCAUUGCGUGACAUGCUUCGAGGCGGCUCCAGGACGCAUAGAUUGGGGAAGACCACGAUGGAGGCCGUAGCACAGCUUCUCUCAGGUCCCCUAUUACCUAAUGUGGACGAUUUAUCGGACGAUCCGAAUGCUACAGCGGCUUUCCAUCUGCUACGCCGUGCCGUCGACGCCUUCUUCGGCCAUUUUUGUGCAGUACUACCUAUAGUUCAUGUACCGACCUGGGAUAUUCUUAGUACUUCUACAGCGCUCAUUGCUGCAAUGGCAUGUAUAGGGUCAAUAUUUGUUGACAGCUCUGAUGCUUGGGACAAUUCCUUGCUGCUGAGUGAGAUAUGUUCAUACGUAAUCGUUUGGCAGGGAGAAUCUGAUGCUUCAAGCUAUCAAGAUGCCUCUUAUCUUAGUGCAUGUUGCCUUCAUCAAAUAUACUCUCUUGGGUCUGGAAACCGAUCGCUGUAUCAGAGUGCGGAUCGAAAGCGUGGCUUAUUGAUAGGAAGUCUGCGGGGAAUAGGACUCCUCAGGUCCCGACUUUGCAUUGAAAAUGACGAGCCCGACCAGAGUCAUACCGACGAGACACGAGCGGAACACCUCGAAGCAAAGUGGCGGCGUUGGCGCGAUGUUCAACAAGGACGCCGGCUAGCAUGGGCAUCAUUCGAGUACGACUGCAGUCUCUGUACCCUGACCAAUCGUCGAGGAGCUGUUGAUAUGAGUGAACUGCCUGCGCACCUUCCGUGCACAGAUGCUUUAUGGCAAGCAUCCUCCGCGGCAGCUUGGAAAGCCUUAUACUCUCAAUCGUCCCCAGCUGCUAAAGGCCCACUACAUGCAACCCUACUUCGAGAAUUGAUGUCCACAGGGACCUUCCCAUGGGAUCUCCCCUCCUGGUCAAAACGCCUAUGCUGCCAGAUCAUAGGGCGACUACUUUGGGAUAUCAAACAAAUGGAAUUGGUGUGGAUUUACGAUACCUUAGGUUUGUCAUCGCUUCGAGCUGCACAGAAGCAGACCUCAGCAUCACUUCUCAAUGCUCUAAGUCAUUUCGCCAGGUCCAUGACUCGUGCUUCGACUACACCUGAAUUGAUUGAUAACAAUAUUGCAAGGCUGAUAUACCAUUAUUCGCAUCUCUACACUGCUGGUGACAUUCUUGACCUUGUCAUUUUCAUCGUUCGCAGCUCUGCCACCACAUCGACAUCCAACGCAGCGAACAAGCAAUCACCGAAAAAGAAUACCGAGUGCAAUCUGGCCAAAAGCCAACUAAGUUCCAAACUCGCCUACGAUCCAUGCAAGACACGAAAACUCGUUUGGCAUGCAGCCCAGAUAACAGCAGUAGCUGACGAGUAUAUUGUAUCUGCGCCCUGCGAGAUUCUUCGCGUGUCUAUGGGCUAUCUCUUCAUCAUGGCAUUUGCACGUUUCGGUACACACACGCAUGAACUGGUCGAGGUGGGCGGAGAUGACCCGGUCAAACUUGACAACCUCAGGCCAACACAAAGUCAGCAAGAGACCAUGUCAAGAUGGAUCGAAUACGGAGGAUCGGCAAGCCUAGCCACCAUUGAGAACCUUUGCUCCGAUGGCUGUAUAGGUGCUUUGAAUGAGCAAGCACAGACUCUAUUAUCGAAGCUGCGCAAUUGGGGCUUGGUAGACAAGUUUUCUAAGAUCCUUGAUGCUUUCCAAUCUUGCGAGGAUUGA